CUUAACUACAUUUAUCUGACAGCUGUAGUUACGAGUUUCUUUGAUUUUACAUAAAAAACCUAUGAUUAUAAAAUAUGAUGCAUUAUUAUAAAUGAUAGGCCCUGCACACUCAAGUGUUUGCAGUUACAGUUGUAGGUAAAGUGUCUAAAAUAGUUAUAAUUAAUUUCAACCAGCUACAUUAAAAUACUGCUUACAUUUGAAUGUAUCAAUAAUAAUAAUCCACUAAUUUCAUAAAUUUGGUGCAGAGCCAAAGUCUUAAAAAAUUAUUUUGCACAAUAUACUUGUGUACAAUACCAUCUUUUCUGUAUAAUGAAUACCUCUGAUACAGUAAAUAUUUCUGAAAAUCCAACAGUACUUUUAGUGGAAUACAGGACUUUUACUUGUAACACAGUAUUUUUAAGAGUAAUUUUACUUGAAGUACAUUUUGUUCAUAAUACUUUUACUUAAUUAGACUUUUUGUUUAUCAGUAUUGCCAUAGGGAAAUUAAAUCGGGUAUGGGAUUUUCCAGAUUUCUAGUUAAUGUCUACACAAGCCCCUUCGCAGAAUAUCACAUUUAUCUGUCAAAGUCCUUCUCACGCUGACUGAGCCCAGGUGCGAAGUUCCUCAUAGGCUUCGAAAGGUAAGCCAAUUCUACGAAUGUUUCUGACAGAUGUGGGCACUUUUCAGAAAUUCAUAAAAUAAAAGAGUUAUAAAAUGCAUAAGAAGUUGAUAGUGGAAUAGUUGAAUAUGGUAUUUUAACUUUGUGACAUACCUGGAUUGUCAGUGAGAAUCCUCUAGUCAGCUGCGUUAAAAACACAUACCUGUAUUUAUUCUUAUUCAUUAAUUUUGAUAAACUUUUUUUAAAACUAUUUAUUUUCCCCCUCAGUUCUCUUAUGCAAGCAGCAUUUUGUUUUGCAAAAAUAUCAUAUUUUUAAGCUUCACAUGCAUAGCAACAGUAACUAAGAGGGGAGGGGCCUAGCAAUGGGAUUCAAAUAAUGCCUUUAAAAUGUUUGUGUAUGUGUUCACAGACAUCAAAGGCAAGUGAUGUCUCACGGAAUGUCAUGAUGUCACCAGCAGGCUUUCCUGUCUUCUAAAACACAACACAGAACAAGAACACAGGUUAGACACUUGAGAGGAAAAUCUCUUGCACCAACACAACCCAACACAAAACACAACACAACCCAAUAUUAACUUAGACAAACAACAACAAACUGAAAUGGCUCCACCAGAAGAAGCCGCCGUUUUGUCCAGGGCUGACUGGGAAAGAAUCCAGUCUUCAUUAAACCAGCCCGAGGCCAAAGUGUACACCAGGCAGCAUGUGAUAGAGAGCAAUGCUCUGAAUCUGAUUUUCAGAACGGAGGAUAAACUCCUGAAAGCCCGAUGCAGAAAGCUGCAGGCAACAAAAAAACUUGAGCAGCAGGCAAAGGAGGCACAUUUGAAUAUGCUUGCUGCAGAGGAGGUGGAAUUGAAGAAACAGGACUGGCAGCAAGCGGUUGACGAAGCCAAUAUUAAGAGGUUUCACCAGAAUGACUGGGUCCGUAAAUACAACAGUGGACUCCUAACGACACAUGUGCAGAAGGAAAAUGAGGCAGUGAUGAAAUAUAACCGAGAAAAACAGAGAACUGCUGAAGAACGAAAAAGACAGUAUGAAGAAGAGAUGAGGAGCAGAGAGAACAAAGCUCUGAGACAAGAGCAGGACAAAGCUCGUCAGAGACAGCUUUACAACCAGGCUGUGGCAGACCAUCACAUUGAGCAAAUGAAGGCAAACAAACAGCUGAGAGAGGAAGAAAGACAGCAGGAGAAGGAAGAGAGAGAUAGACUACGGGGCCUUGAUGAAUUGCAUGCACAGGAGCUAAGACAUCAGGCAGAAAUAAAAGCGGAGUCAAAGAAAAGCUGUUUGAAAUAUCACCUGGAGGCUAUCUCCAGUGCAGACCUCAACAGAGAAAGGGAGGCACAGAAACUGAAAACGGAGGAGGAAGAAAGAAAACGUGUUCGGCUUGACAUAGAAGGAAAGCAGAAGCAAAGAAAAAAUGACCAAGCAGCAAAGUUCAGAGUCUCCAAUGUCACCCUGAAGACUGAAAAUCGUGCUAUUCUUGAUCAGCUGAAAAAGGAGGAACAGGACGCUGCAGAGAAGAAUGCAGAACAGAUAGGUGACAGGGAUAAACAACUCCAGCAGUAUGUUCAGUGUGAACUUCACGAGGCUGCAGACAGUCGACGAAAUGUUCCACAUCUUUUGGCUGCAAGCACAGGUGUCAUUUUUGAUGGGGAGGAGCCUGUCUACUAUUGUAAAAAUGCCGAUGAAAAAAUGCCCAGAUUUGCCACUGACCAGACCUGUUUUAAGAAACGGGAUCUGGAACGCAUCAACAUGGUUGAUCUGCCACCACUUUCCAGAGCAGCAAAGUUAAAGUCAAAAGACGCUUUAGCUGUAAAGGAAGUAGUUGCAGGACAGCGUAGUUCCACUGUUGGUGUUGAGGGGUCCCAGUACCGUUCAAAAGAUACAAGUGAAUCAUCGGCCAGUAUGUGCACUGCUCAAACCCAAUCCAUGAAAAAGUAUUUGGAUCGCAACAAGCUGCAACUGAGCCACGAGGAAACCAGUGAGGUUGAUCUGAAGCCCAGCUGCCCCCCAUCCAUUUCCAAUAAAGACAAAUUAAGAUCUAAAGACACUUUAGCUUACAGGAAAGCAACUACAGGACAGUAUUCCCCCGCUGCUGAGGUGGAGGGGUCCCACUGCCGUGCUAAAGGUAGGGGGGAAUCUUUGCUCAGAUUAGGCACUGAUCAAACCCGGUCCACCAAGCAGUACUUGAAACUCAACAAGCUGCAGCUUGUCUACGAAGAGGCAGGUAAGGUAGAUCAGAAGCUGACCCACCUCCCACCGAUUUCUAACACAAUCAAGCUAAAGUCUACAGACACUUUAGCGUCAAAGGAGAAAACUGGAGGACGUGGCCCUACUGUUGCUGUGGAGGGGUCCCACUACCUCUCCAAAAAUACAGGUUAUUUAUUUCCCAGAUUUGCCACUGAAAGAUCCCGGUCCACCAAGCAGUAUUUGAAACAGAACAAGCUGCAGCUAACUUACAAAGAGAACAGUAGGAUCGAUCAGCAGCCGACCCACCUCCCACCCAUUUCCACAAAAGAAGCACCAGCAGGACGACGCUGCCCUCCUGCUCGUUGUGGAGGAUUCCCACUACUGUUCUAAGGAAUCGGGUGAAUCAUUGCCCAGAUCAGCCACUGCACGAACCAGGACAUCACGAGGGCAUUAGUGGUUAGCACUGAUGCCUCACAGCCAGGUUCUGGUUCAGGCCAGAGCUUUCUGUGUGGAGUUUGCAUGUUCUCCUCGUGUGUGUGGGUUUACUCCGGGUGCUCCGGUUUCCUCCCACAGUCUAAAAAUAUGAGAGCUAUGUUAAUUGGCAAAAAAAAACACCAAACACAAAAAAAUAAUAUAAAAUAAUAACAAAUAAAAAAUAAUAAUAAUAAAUAAAAAACCACAAAGAAUUUAAAUUAAAAUAUAAAAAAACUUAAUAAAAAAUAAAACAGCAAAAAACAUAUGAUGUAUGGAUUUUAAUUUAACACUGCACAAACUAGGCUGUAUUAAAUAACACACAUAUGGGACUUUGCAAUGUUUCAAUAUGGGGCGAAAAAAACAGCCAACAAGGAUAGUCAAUCUGAGGCUGGGCUGGUUUCUUGGUUUAGAGGGGUUUUGGACACUUUAGCUGGACAGGCUUGCUGGUUAAGCUGGUCAUAGGGUGGCCACAGUGAGCUGGUCACCAUUGUCUAUUAACUGCUCAGACUGGUAUGGUCUUGAAUACACUUCAGCAUGGACAGCUUGAUGGUUAAUCUGGUCAUAGAUGAUGAUGAUGAUGAUGAUGAUGAUACACACGUCCAAUUACAGUAGCUCAAUGGACAAGACUGUAUUACAGACUGGGUCAGUGGGACCGGUGCUCUUGAUGUGUAUUAUAUUUUUUCAAAACUGUGCUCAGUUUUGUACAAAAGUCUUGUUUCCUGUAAUACAUUGUUAGUAGUUAUAGUAAAUAAUACAAAAGAAACUUGUUUUGAAACCUGCAAGGCCACCUUCCUAUAUUGUAAAAUAUAAGAAAUAUCAGCCAACGAAAGCGCAGUACUAAUGAGAAACAAUUAGCGGUCUGUAAGUAGAAGAGACACUAAUAAGGUAAAAUAUGUGUGUAAGACAAGCAUUUUCUAAAAAAAACUUACCUUACCAAAAAGGUACCAGAAUGUACACAAUUUAUUGUCUGUAAAAAAAAUACUACACAUAUCAAAUGAUUUGAAGCAGAAAAAUAAUUUAUUACACACUUAAUAAAUUUACAUUAAACAUUAGCCCAACUUUGACAUGAAGGGUGAGUCAAUAUCAGAAUUUCUCUUUUUCCAAAAACACCAUUUGUAACAAAACUGUCUAUAACAAAAAAAAUUCAAGCUGUUUCCUUGCACAGUUUUUUUUCCCUUUUUUACUAUCCAUAAAGUAAAAGACCUGCUUCAGCAGUUCAUCAAGAUUUUGUUGCAAUGUAAAGUUUGCGUGGCCACCUUCUGUUCCAGCUCACAUUUACAUUUCUCCAAUUCUGCAGAUCUUUAUUAUAAAGUGAAGAAAAAAUAAAAAUUAGCAGCAUAAAUAACGUUUUAGCAUGCCGCCACUUCUACCUGAAAUUUGGUGUUAUCCUAAAACAGAUUUUUAAAAACACAUAGGAACAAAUGUUUACAAAAAUGUCCACCCCUUUUAUAGAAUCACACUGCAUUAAAACCAUGCUUUUGUAUCAUUUACCUAUGUAAACGUUUUGGGUUGAAAUUCUGAAGUUCACAACAGCAGGAAGGCACGCACACAGCACUCUGUGGCGCAUCAGUGCUGGAGGAGAUAUAGGCUCCAGCUUAACGGUGUGCUUUGCAAUGCAUGAAAAUCCUACACUUGGCUAUUAUUGAGUCCCCCCUCCCACUCUAGUUAUAUCAGUAUGUGUAGGUGUGGUUACAGAUUAUGUGUGCUUAGGCUAGUGGUGAUCGAUCUUUCAAGAAAGCUGAGCGGUUCAUUGGCAAUGAAGCAUCUGUAGCUAUCACCAUGUUGGCAGGUUCCUUUCAUCUGUGGCUUUAUUAUCUAUGUUCUCUAAAUGAAUUUGCAUUGUGGAUGUAGUUUAUGCGAAUUUAUGCCCCUUUGGGUGAAGCAGACAAGAUUUAGCUCUUUUUCAAGAAAAGUGGCAGCCGUGUAGAAGCCAGUGUAGAAGUGAGUGAAAAAGUGUCAUUUUCAAUAACCUUAACAUCACAAAUAACUGACAUGAAAAUCUCUAAAUAAAUAUACAGUAUUUACCCUAGUAUAAAGUGGGAGAUUAAUGAGCUACAAAAACUGAUUCCGUGAAGUUUUAAAAUAACCCCUCCAAAGUAUUUGAAUAUAUAUGUCAAAUUGCAGAAAACUGCGUCAUUAUUAUUAUUUUUUUUCUGGGGAAGGACUCCCAUGCUCCCCAAUCUAAUUGUGCCUUCCCAGAAUUUUGGCUUGCAUGAUGGAACUGAUUGCAACCCAUACCUAGCAAAGAGGAUAUGGGUGAGAGGGUCCUUGGCCACAAACUUACAGGCCAAGUGGACAGACUCUGCAUUUAUCUGUGCAUUGUGUUUUAAGAGUUACGUAACUUGGCAUUUGUUUGUGAAUACUUAUGAGACUGUUUUGUAUCCAUAAUUAUUGGGGAGAUGUUCAUGGUAGAAGUGCAGCUAACCUGGCUGCAGGGACAGACACCGGUAGAGCAGAUAGAAGUUGGUGGGCGUUGCCUGGAGCUGACCAAUCAGAGCAGACUGGGCUUUUAGAGCGUGGUCCCUUAAAGAGACAGGCGCUAAAAAGCCAUGUUUCAGACACAGGGUGUAUAGAGGUCCUGCAGCAAUGGUCAGUAUGAGAACAAUUGUGUUUUUUUGACCAAUAAAGCAUGUAAACAUUUUCUAGUAGACCCCCGAAAUAAAAAUAUGAACCGGAAAAUUUGUAUUAUAUGUCACUUUUAAUAAAGGUUAAUAUUUUUCUU